UCAUCCCCGUAUCAUCAAAACCCUCCCGUGUUCCAAGCCGACUCCCCCUGCCACACCAUCGAUCAAUCAAAACAUAAAACAAAAACAAUCAUCCCCCAAUCCCAAUCCUGAAACCCACAUAAUUUCCGUAAUCAUAGUUAUAGUAACAAAAUUUGACGUCAGGAUGAAAAAAAUCUGAAAAUUUUUCAUCACUGUGUUUCGUGGAAAAUCAUGCAAUAAGAAAUCUGCAACGUUGAUGUAUGAGACAAGAGGAGGUAAUAAUAGUAAGGAGAGUGAGACAAAAUCCGAUGUUAAGUGAGCUUUGGGGGCACCAAAUCAUAUUCACAUUCACUUCUCAUUUUCCAAAGUGUAAAAAAGAAAAGAGAGAGUGAUGAAAGAGCAGUGUCAGGGUUGGGGUGGAUUUUCCAUUUUCCACUCAGGCAGAGGCAGCCGCUUUCACUUCUUUUCACAACGUCCAAAACUCGGCUUUUCUCUCAGCGGUCGCAAAUAAGGAACCUAAAAAAGCAAGAAAAAAAGGAAAAAUAAAAAAUGGUAAACUGGAAAUGUCGCCGAUUCCACGUUGGACUCUGAACUAGUCGUCGAAGAGGUUUACGAAACGGUUGCGUUUAAUUUUCUUUGUUUCAUUACAACAUUGGAAAACGAUCAUGUGUACUCGGUUUCUUUGUCUUUGUCUUUGUCUCUGUCCUUCUCUUUCUCUACCCAGAGUUUCAGAAACACAAACUAUUCUCUCUCUUUCGACUGGAAAUUUCAGAGUGUUUUCAGAAAUUCCAGGUUACUUCAUUGUAUUUUCAUGCUAAAGUGUCUUAAACACUGCUCUCAACUUCCCUUUCCCUGUUUGGCCUCUGAGAAAACUAACACAAAAAAAAGAGAAACUUGCUUAAAAGAAUAGAGAGCCUCAAUUCAGCUUAUCACUUCCCUUCCCUUUUUUUUCCCUUAGCUCUCUGAUUUUGGGUGGCUGAAAAGAAUUGUUUUUUUUCUUUUUUCCUUAAAAAAAUAAACGAGUUAGUUGGUGAUAGUUAUUGCGCGUCGGGGGAUUUUUUAGCUUUUUUUUUUAUAAUUUGGAAGGAUACUAAAUUGUUAUUGGAGUGACGUCGUUUUCUUAUUCGUGGGUAGGGCUUUGAAUGACUCGAAAAUGGCCGAGUCAACCGAAGUAAGGUUGGUUCGGUGUCCAAAGUGUGAAAACCUUUUUCCGGAGCUUGCUGAUUAUUCUGUUUACGAGUGUGGUGGCUGCGGUGCUGUUCUUCAAGCAAAAACUAGGAAUUGUGAAGCAGAAACUGUCUCUGAGAAGUCAGAAGAAGACAGGCUUGGCAGAGUUUCUACCAAAUCCCAUAUUUCCUCAGAGAAGGGAAUAAUAGACUUGAGUGAUGCCUCUGAUUCAGAUGUUAAAUCCAGUGCUGGGUCUUUGAGGUGUGAUCAAAGGGAUUCAGAGAAGAAUGAUGUUGAGUGCAAUGAUAAAAGUAGGAAUGAAUCUAAGGUUGCUAGUCAUAAAUGGUCUGUUGCGAAUGGUAAUGAUAUUAGCAGGAAUAAGGAUGAAAUAGUGAAUUCUAUUGGAAGAGAACAGAAGGAUUUGGAUUCAAGUUUUGGAUAUACUGGUGUAUCACAAAGACUGGGACAGAUGUCAGAUUGGCAAGCUGGGAAGCAAGAAGAGAUGGAGGGGUUUCAGAGUAUUCCAAGUGCUGUUGUCGAAGGUGUGGGAUUCUCAACUUCAAACCAUCCAGAUGAACGCCCAUCAAACCAUCAUUUGGAUUCUUCUUAUGGUUAUAGUGAAUCAUUGCAGAAUCGAACUAAUGAGGAUGUUUCUGGUAGAAUUCACCUUGAACAAGAUCGAGCUGAGCUUCUAAGGAAGCUGGAUGAGCUAAAGGAGCAACUUGGUCGGUCUUGUAAUGUGGUUGAUAAACCAAAAGAGAAAGUUCUGCUUGAUGGGAGGGUUGUUCCUCCUGAGUCUUAUGGUGUUGCUGAUACCUGGUUUCCAAAUGGUUCUUCUGGAUCACAUAUGCCCUCAAUGCCUUUCUAUGGACCUGAUAAACAUGCUGCAGGAGCAGGACCUUCUUAUUUUAGUCAUUUUCGAGAGCCAUUCACUUAUCCUGUUGGGCAUGAUAUGACUCGGCAUGGGUUGCAUCCUCCAAUGCAUAAUCCAAAUCAAAUUCCUGCUUAUGGAGAUCCUUUUGGAUCCCAAAUGCUUGGAAGAGCUCUGCACCAAUUGCCUGGAGAAUACCGACAACAGCCACCUCAUCCAUACUUUUCUGGAAAGUACAUUGAAAGUAAUUGUAAUCCAUUUACGCCUUAUCCACGAAGUUCACUGUUACACCAGGCUUCUUGUUCUUGUUUUCAUUGCUAUGAGAAACAUCAGCAAGUUCCAGCACCUGUUCCACCCAGUGCAUUUGGCAAUAAAAGAUUCCCUGAUGUGCCUAGUAAUUCAUGGUGCCAUAUUGAGAACCCUGCAACUUUUGGUUCACAUUUCCAUAGUUCUAGGACUACGAUGCUUCCUCCAUUGAAUGUGCAUGGCACCCAAGCACAUGCUAGAUGGCCAAGUGAUAUUAACUCAGAAAUGGGUGGUUUUGUCCGGUGCCGUCCCCAGAGGAUGACGUUAGCCAGUGGUGGCCGCCGUGUUCGUCCUAUAGCUGGUGGUGCUCCAUUUGUAAUGUGUUAUAAUUGCUUUGAACUACUACAAAUGCCCAGGAAAGUGCAGCUUAUGGUGAAACAUGUACAUAAAUUGCGUUGUGGAGCCUGUUCUACUGUGAUAAACUUUGCUGUCAUCAACAAGAAGCUUGUUCUUCGUGAUAAUGCAGAAACAAAGGGAAUUUCUAUGGAGGUUGAUGAUAUCUCUAAUGAAGUUGUGAAUGAUAGUUCCUCACAUUUCCAUGGCCGUGUGAACCGAAUUACUGCUAACUUCUCGUCCGAUGACUAUGAUCAUUCUGGUUAUGAUUCUCUGUCAAUGGACAGAGAACCUGUUGUAGUGCCAACUGGCCAGGCCUUGAACUCAGUCAGACCUCAGGAAAUGCAAAGCUUUCAUUCUUCAUCUCCAAGCACCUCUGAGGAAGAAAACAGUCCCGAUGUUUUAAUUGCUUCAAGGGAGGAAGCGAAUUCUGUUCAGCAGCUAAUCAAAUCCACUUUGUCUCCACCACCUGCAGGCUCACCUCUUCAAGAGCACUUUGAUUACUCUUCCAGCAAUGCUGUCAACCAAUUUGGGAAGGGAAAUCGUAGUAGUCGCUCUGAUCAAGAGAAAGUUGUGUCAAGCAAAAAUUCUUUUAAAGAGGCAUCAUUACCUACUGAGAUGGAGGUGUCAUUCAAUGAGUAUUCUAACACUGGGAUUUCCCAAGAUUCAGGGGAUGCGACCAGAGAAGAUGAUCAACCAAAAAUGGCAAAAGGAGGUGAAUCAUUUUUUGCAAAUGUUAUCAAGAAGAGUUUUAAGGAUUUCUCAAUAUUUAAUCAAACAGAAGAACAUGGGAAAAGUAACGUUUCAGUUAACGGGUAUCCUAUACCUGAACGUGUGGUUAAAAAAGCUGAAAAAAUGGCUGGACGAAUUCAUCCUGGACAGUAUUGGUAUGAUUUUCGAGCUGGAUUCUGGGGUGUUCUCGGUGGGCCUUGUCUUGGCAUAAUUCCUCCAUUUAUCGAAGAAUUUAACUAUCCGAUGCCAGAAAAUUGUGCUGGUGGGACCACUGGUGUUUUUGUAAACAGGAGAGAGCUCCACCAGAAAGAUUUGGAUUUGCUUGCUAAUAGAGGGCUUCCAACUGAUAGAGAUAGAUCUUACAUCAUUGAGAUGUCGGGUAGAGUCCUGAAUGAAGACACUGGUGAAGAGCUAGAUAGCCUUGGCAAACUUGCUCCAACAGUUGAGAAAGCGAAGCAUGGUUUUGGCAUGAGAUUUCCAAGAUCAGCUGUAUAGUGAAUUUGUAACAAUCAAAGAGUUAUCCCUGGCAUACAAAAAGUUUUGAUUCAUUCUAAAUCAAAUGCAGAAAGAACCAACUUGGCAAACUGGUUGGAAGGUCUGAGAUCUGAAUGAUGUUUCUUGAUGCUACUCUUGAUUGGUCAAUGUUGGAUGAUUUCUUAUGCCUUGUAAGGUUUCUGAUUUAUUUUAUAUUUUCUCAUCUUGUUACAAUAUAUAUUCUAAAUUAUUGCUUUCUCUAUGCUGCAUUUGUAUAGGCAAGUUAUGUAAAUUUUCCUUCAUUCUACCACUUUGCUCACUGAAUUAGAUUGGACUUUCUUUGUCUUUCCUAGCUAUCAACGUUGAAAAUCUAAAACCAGAAAACCAAAUUCCUGUUAGAUUCAAGAUAUGAACAUGGGUAGCACGGCUGCUUUCGCACUAUAGAUGGCACAUGUCCAGUUACUCUGGUUCCAUGCCUUGAAUAUGAACUAGAUGUAUGAAAGUUUUCAUGUAUUUAUUAUUAUAAAUAUAUUGUUGUCAGGGCUAGAAGUUAUGGAACAAGUAGAUAGUGUUUACCAAGGACAAUCUGAAUUGUCUGCAGCUAAGGAAUGGUGUAGAAUCGUGAUCCGACUCAAGACUGACUAACUUAGCAGGCAUGUGAAGUCACUGUUGAAGGUACUCCAAUCUCUUAGUAGAUUGGCCCAUGCAAUCGUCGUUUUAUCUAGCAUACGACACAACAACAGGGCUUGCGCUUUGGGUAAUUGGCCCUUUUUGGUUUGGUGCUCAUCAGGCCAGGGUAGGUACUAAGUGGGCCUCACUGUUAGCCUCUGUUUUUGCUACCGGCUAAGCCUAAUCCCACGAAUGGGCACUUUGCAUCUUCGCAUCUUUAUCCUUUUGUUCUUCGGCCGAAAAAAGGCCUCAUCCUGUCCUAAGCUUUUCACUGUUGAUCAAAGAUUUAAAAUAAGAACGAUUGCCUUCGUUAAGCAUUGGAUCAAGGCCCUCAAGCAUCUACUUCGGUGAUUAGCAUUAGAUCUAAUCUCUAAAGAUCGAUUAAUGAGCAUGUUUUUUUGGAUAAAUUAUGAAAUAGAACUAGUAAUGUACUGCAUAACUUUUUGGAAGGACAUGACCCAAUGUGGAAAUGCUCUCAUCAGGAUGCGAAUCAACAGCCAAGACUAACAUUGUUGCAUGGGACAAUAACACUUAAACAUUCAUGGCAUGUUCCUCCUCUUUGUCUUGACUCUUAUAAUUUUUCACUUUUCCCACUCUUGGCACGUGAGAACAACACCUCCUUGUUCAGAUUUUUUUAUUUUCUUCCCUCAAAUCAACGUUUAGUUUAGUUUAAGCAUCUCGCUUUUUGGUUCUUCCACUAAAAUAUUUUUCUUAAUGGGGUGGCCUGGUGCCCUGAUGUUGACCAAAGACCACAUUCAAAACCAGAAGCAUAAAUCAUACUACUAUAAUAUUCAGGCUUAAGAAAUACCCGACAGCUAAAAAGAUAGAAGGUUUGUGUUAUUUAACAAAAAAGGAAAAUGAAUUAAAAUUAAUUAUUAGAAAGGUAAGAUUGAUUAUAACAGUAAAAUUAAAAAAAAAUAUAUCCUAGUGUGAUUGCACGGGAGAUCCAGAUGGACCCUAAAACAAUAGAAAUGAAAAAAGAAGCUCAGCUUCUUCAACCAAAUGAUGGACAUUGCAAUUUUUUUUUCAACUCUACCAUUUGCAUCUCUAAAGAAAUUAAAACCAAUUUUGACGACACCAACACUUCAUAGUAAAUCCACCAUAUCCUAUUAACAAUAUGCCACACCAGUAAACCUUAUUUAAGGAUUUAUCAAGGUCAUCUACCACAUUCCAAACUGGUUUGAUGUUUCAUGUUCAAAACACAAAGCCUGACAGCCUUGAUUUCUGCAAACUAUUUGAUCUCCCUUCAAAGAUAUAUGCAAAUAUGGAGGAUGACUAAAACACAUGUCAAGAAAUAAAAUCAAAACAACAAAUCCAUUAGAAAGGAAGGAUGCAUGGAACCGAUAGCCGAUACCUGCUUUAUCAUGUCGAUUUACAAAGUUGUUC